AUGAGCUUUUUGUGGGUGGGAGAAGGGGGGGUGGGCGACCUUGACGUGCUCCGUGCAGGCUGCAGCGGUGCCGCUCGCACCGCAGUGUUACAGGAAAGCGGGGGCGACCCGCAGCACCACGGCAGCACACAAGCACUUUGCUUGGAAGCGGGUGUUCAAUUACCCAAUGGCAGCUUUGGUAGGGACGCUCUUGAGGGGGAGUGCGGGCGAGCUAGGAGGGUAGAAGUGGAAAAAGAAGAAGAAGUGGAGAGCACUCCUGCCGAGACAGUUCCUCUGGUUAACUUCGAAAACGUGGACGAUGUGGGCAUCAACUUGGGCGACCCCAGCGACUCGGGCUACCCGACGUCGCCCACGUCGGAGGCCCAGGAUCCCGAGCCCUCACCCCGCCGCCUGCCGUCCCCGCGUCUGUCCCCUCGCUGGUCCCGCCGUGAGGGUCCGUCCCCUUCCACGCCAUCCAAAGCCACUUCCAGUAGCUGCAGCCUGAUCUCCAAUCUAAAGCUCCUGGUGAGCGGCGAGUCGGGUUCUGAAGGCGUCUUCAGCAGGAUGCCGAGGGACUGCUACGACAAUGAGGACUUGUUUGAGAAGAUCGGCGUGGAGAACCGAGACCAUAAGGUGGUCAUCAAUGUCUCGGGGCUAAUGUUCGAGACGCAGCUGAGCACGCUUAACCGGUUCCCGGAGACUCUACUGGGUGACCCCGUCAAACGAAUGCGCCACUUCGACCCCAUGAAGAACGAGUAUUUCUUCGACCGUAACCGCCCUUCUUUUGACGGCGUCCUGUACUUUUACCAAUCUGGCGGGAGGGUCCGCAGGCCAGCCAACGUCCCAUUAGAUGUCUUCGCCAGUGAGAUCGUCUUCUAUCAGCUGGGCCACGAGGCCAUGGAGCAGUUCCGCGAAGACGAAGGGUUCAUCAAAGAGCCCGAGGUCUUGUUGCCCACCAACGAGCUCCAGAGACAGUUCUGGCUCCUGUUCGAGUAUCCUGAGAGCUCCAGUGCCGCCAAAUCCGUUGCUCUAGUCUCGGUGUUUGUCAUCGUCAUCUCCAUCUUUAUCUUUUGUCUGGAAACGUUACCGGAGUUCAGGGAGGGUAGCGAUUUCACUCCCGAUGCGGCUCAUGUUGUUAACGGGACCAGCGGAGGUUCAAGUCCUCACCCUGCCCCCAAAGACAUCCUAGCCUACCUCACGGACCCUUUCUUUAUCGUAGAAACCAUUUGCAUAAUCUGGUUCUGCUUUGAGGCAGGAGUCCGCUUUGCCGUGUGUCCCAGUAAGAGCGACUUCUUCAACAACAUCAUGAACAUCAUCGACAUCGUGUCCAUCAUCCCGUACUUUGUCACGCUGGGCACGGAGCUGGCAACCACUCCCGACGAUGAUACCAACUCCAGCCAAAACAUGUCACUCGCCAUCCUGAGGAUCAUCCGCCUGGUGAGAGUGUUCCGCAUCUUCAAGCUGUCGCGCCACUCCAAGGGGCUCCAGAUCCUGGGGCAGACCCUGAAGGCCAGCAUGCGAGAGCUGGGCCUGCUUAUCUUCUUCCUCUUCAUCGGCGUCAUCCUCUUCUCUAGCGCCAUCUUCUUCGCCGAAGUCGACGAGCCCCAGACGCAGUUCGUCAGCAUCCCGGACGGAUUCUGGUGGGCGGUGGUCACCAUGACCACGGUGGGCUAUGGAGACAUGUGCCCCAGCACCAUAGGCGGCAAGAUGGUGGGAACCCUGUGCGCCAUCGCCGGCGUGCUGACCAUCGCGCUGCCCGUGCCCGUCAUCGUGUCCAACUUCAACUACUUCUACCACCGAGAGACCGAGCAGGAGGAGAAGCGGAUGAUCGACGCCGCCACCGAGGCGCAGAAGAGCACGCUGGCCGACAAGUACGGCAGCGCGGCGUCCUUCGACAAAAGCACCUGGAGCGUCGAGAAGAAUGGCUUCAACUCGUAA